GGAGCAAGUCGCGGGGCCAGGGCAGCCAAUCAGCGGGCUGCUCGCUCUCCAGCAUCCCGGCGGGGGGAGAACCGAGACCGAGCCGUCAUCGCUAGACUGGAGCGCCAGCAGAGAGGAGAGACGCACCGAAGCGCUUCUUAACGAUGAUUUUUAACUGACAACGAGCACAAAGAAAAAACACAAGUCAGCUCAUCCACGCAUUGCACAGAAGGAAGCUAAUUCCUGCACAAGCAUGGCAGACCAGAAAGACAGACUAGAAGACUUUAAAGUCCAGACACCCAAGAAUACCAACAUCAGCUUGGCCCAACUACGGCCACACAAUGAACACUCGAGAGACCGCGCCUCCAAAAGGCUCUCCACUGACUCUAACGGAACCAGCGAAGGAGGCGUGGGCUCGUCCACCCCGGUGGAGUUGACCGCCUUGGAAGAGUCGUUCCGGCGUUUCGCCAUCCACGGCGAUACGCGCGCUACCGGCAAGGACAUGCACGGGAAGAACUGGUCCAAGCUCUGCAAGGACUGCGACGUGAUCGACGGCAAGCUCAUCACUCUCACCGACGUCGACAUUGUCUUCUCCAAAGUCAAGAAGAAAUCCUGUCGCACCAUCACGUAUGAUGAAUUCAAGAUUGCACUGGGAGAGCUUGCCAGGAAGAAGUACAAAGAGAAGACUGGAGACGAGGCUGAGGCCGAGGUAUUCAAGCUGAUUGAGGGGAAGGCGCCUGUGAUCUCCGGGGUGACGAGAGCCGUGGCUUCCCCGACAGUGAACCGACUGACAGACACCACCAAGUUCACGGGGUCGCACAAGGAGCGCUUCGACAACACGGGGCGCGGGAAGGGUAAGGCGGGACGAGUAGACCUGGUCGACACAUCGGGAUACGUUUCAGGAUACAAGCAUCGAGGGUCCUACGAAAAGAAGGUCACCAAACCCUCCAUUGCCAAACCCAUGUGAGGGGCGGAGAUAAACGUGGAUCGACGGCUAGGAUCGCUUUCUUUACAAAGAGUACUACAAAAAAAAAUACAAACAAAACAAAAUAAGUUGUCAUAUAUUUUCCCACCCAGUUAUUUUGUGUGUUUGCAAGAGAGUUCCUCUAUUUGUGAAAGUGUGAGAACUGGAAAACUGUUUACAUCUAUUUUUACAAAACCUUCACCAGCUGGUACAUUCCUGUCUAAUAGCGAGUUACUGCCAAGAGGAGAACGCCAAUGUUGUUGAUGAUGAAGCUCUAUCGUUUUGAUCAGGCCGUAGAAUAUUUAUCAAGCACAAUGAACAAUGAAAGCCAAGAAAAACAAAAAAAAGGUACAAGGGUUUUAUGUAAUAACAUUGUACUUUUUUUGCUUAAAUUUUUUUUUUAAGAAAACUUUAUACACCCACUUUAAGAUUUUAAUUGGCGCAGUGUUCCAGAUAAUUGGCACACAUUUGUGUAUUGUUUUUUUUGUCUAUUGCUUGUCUAGUAUCCCCACUUGUCAACUGUCUAGAAACUCUGCUGUUCAUAUUCUUCAUUUUAUAAGAUCAGUCAUUUUAUUAAUAUGCCUUCAGUUCAACCAUUUUGCGUCUACCAAGUAAAUUUAAUGGGUAUUUUAUCUACCAUCUCCUUUAACACUUUUUUGCAUCAUCUAAUUUUAAACAGUUAAUAAAUUCUUAAUUUGGGAAUUCAGCAGGAGGAAGCGCAGUUGUACAAGAUUGUAUUUUUAACUUUUGACUUCAGAUAUCCCUCCACACCAACGCAUUUAUGCACAGUACCGCUAAAAUAUUUGUGGUUAGAUUGUGUAUAAUCUAAUAACUGUAGCCACUUGGUUUGAUUUCUGCCACUGGCUUAAACUUCCUUUCUGUGUUGCUGUAACUUGUGCAUGUUAUUAUGUAUAUUACAUUUAAUUGAGAAGCACAGAAAUUAUAGUAGGACUUUGUUGUAUUUGAUCUACUGUGCCUGCUGUGAGGACAGACUACUGGAAAGUUGUUUUCUUGCUUAGAAACCUUAAGUAAUGAAAAGUGAUGAUGGUACAGUGUAAUUGCUUGAAAUCCGAAGAAUAUCUACAUGUACAAAGUUGGCUGCCAUCAAAUGCUGUUAUAUUUGUUAUCCAGAAAACCUUUAAUGUGUGGUACUGUCAUCCAAGGCACAAAUUGAACUGAAGUAAAGCAGGGAAUGCCGGUUAUAUCCUUAAAUACUGUCUGAUGUAAAAGGGAAACAAUCCGAAUGGUAUACUUUUGUAGAACAUUUUUAACGUAGGGACAGCGUUUGUUGUCACACUUGCCUGCAGUCGCAGCCGCAAAACUAUAGCAGCUAUUAAUGUCAUUAUUUUGUCUGCUGCAGUUGUUGAGUAAGCUCCCUGUGCUUAAUGCCAAAUACUGUGCACCUUUAAUGUGGAGGAUCUAUAUAUGUGCUUAUUAUUUUGUAAUUCAUAACUUUUUAAUGUGCUAUUGUGUCCCCCGUGCAUGCAGUGGAUCUUUGUACGUGUUCUUUAGAGCUCUUAAUUGUGUGUUCAUGAUUUUGUAGUGCAUUACUGAAAAUAAAACAAAAGCACACCAAACACUUAUGCGGUGAAAGUGAAA